CACCUCCUUUUCCUCCUCUUCCUCCUCUACCUUCACCUCCUCCUUCUCCUCCUCCUCCUUCCGUUUCUGCGGUCCUCACGGUCCACGCUCUUCCUUAAUUCAGUCCAAUGAGAGCCGUUCUUCGAUUCGUCACACCCGCCGACGAAUCUCUAUUCCGUCUGUUUUUCUUUCUCUAUCCUUAUACCUAUCUCUCUCUCUCUCUCUCUUUCUCUCUCUUUAUUGUCCACCCUUCUCAUCUCUCUCUGUCUCUAAUUUUCUCCCUCGCGACGGAGGGGCGGAUAAAUCGCCCGUCGAUUUUCGAAAAAGCCAGACGUUUCGAGUGCUUCUCUUCGGCUACCUGUAGAGACGCGUCCCCGCCGUCGAUCUCCGAGCACGAGCGUGCGAACGAACAAGCGAGAUCGCGGUCCCCACGACGCAAGUGCAUCGCGAUGCGUCGCAGCAACGUGGUGUCGUAACGCGCGGCGCGUGCAUCCAGACGGUGCGUGACGGUGCGCGUGCGAUACGCGUGCGAAAUUUCGGUGCAACCCUCCCCGGAUGGGAGACGCACGCGCCGGACAGGAAGAGGACCCUCGCGGAUGGAGGAGAGGCUCGCCACCCCGCGAGUUUGUUUUGACGGGUCACCGUACACCGCUGCACUUGCCGCACGAGAUCGCACGAGAGUCGUAAACACACACACGCGAGACUCUUGGUGCGUACUCGCGAGAUAAAGGAGGAGAGAAAAGAGAGAGAGAGAGAGGGAGAGAAGGAGCGUUUGUUUAUCGAGCACGUUCGAACGUCGAGCGCGCGCCUAUCCGCGAGAAUCGUGAGAGUGGACGACGCAGGAAUCACCGGAUUCAACACUGAACUUCACAGAUCCACAACUUCGGCGAACUGAAUCCCGCAAAUCCGACGAUCCUUUGCGCCUCGUCACAGGUGCGCGUUGUUCCCGAUCCGGAUUCACUCCCCGGUCAAGGGUUCCCCGGCGGAUCCGAAGAGAUAUAAUCGGAGCGAUUAACCAGGACAUCGCGCGAAUGCGAGUGCGACCCUCAGACGACUGAACGACCAGGCUGAAAUCGCGAGGGAACACGCUUCCUAGAGGGAUAGAAGGAAGGAUUUCGCCUCGGCGAGGAAACAUGUCCCGCGGCGAUCGCAACGCGCGAACCGGUUGCGCGCUCUUAAAAUAGUUUCUCACGCGUAGGUAACUGGCGCGCACGCCGCCCCGCCGCUGGAACACGAUGCCGGAGAGUGUCAGCAACAAGAUGGGCUUUAGCGCGUUGGUCACUGUGACCGCUGUCUGCAUUAUGUUUAUGAUUACCGCGACGAAACGUUCAGAAGCGUGCAACGAGGCAGUCUGUGCAAGUGUCGUGAGCAAGUGUAUGCUCACGCAAAGCUGCAAAUGUGACGUGGCUACCUGUACUUGUUGCAAGGAAUGCUUCUCGUGCCUGAGCUACCUGUACGAUGAAUGCUGUUCAUGCGUAGAUCUCUGCCCGAAGCCGAAUGUCACCAACAAUCCGUUGAGCAAAAAGUCGCACGUAGAGGACUUCAGCGAGCCGGUGCCAGCACUCUUCCAGGCGCUCACCGCCGAAGAGGAUCCGCUCCAGAGAUGGAUCCCUUUUACAUACCCCGUGGAUUAUGAUAUGUCGUUGUUUCGCACAAAAGACAAGGAUAUGACUUAUCAUAUGCAGACUAACCUCGACGGAGAGUUGCACGCGCUGAAGCCGAACGUGAUGACAGUCAACUGCACGGUCGCCUUCAUGGCGCAGUGCAUCUCUUGGAAUAAGUGCAGCGCGUCCUGCCAAAGCAUGGGCGCCACUAGCUACAGGUGGUUUCACGACGGCUGUUGCGAGUGCAUAGGUGACACGUGCAUCAAUUACGGGAUCAACGAAUCGAGAUGCUUUAAUUGUCCCUUGAAAAAAGAUGAGGACGACGACCUGAAGGAUCAGUACGACGAUUAUGGUCAAGUAGCAGACGAGCUGGUCGAGGACGAAGUGGUUUAAUCAUCAUCACCAGCGUUUUUCCGUUUCUUCCUGACACAGAGACAGUGUUUCGUGAGUGAUUUUUGAUCGUCCAAUGUCGAUGCGCGAUAUCGAUGGAUGUGAUGUUUAAUUUUAAAAAGACUAAUGUUUCUGUUAUUUUUUGUUAUCGUGUACGAAAGUGCCUUUCAGAAGUUAUCCUGAAUUUUGUGCACUUGAGAGAGUUUUAUUUUUCGAGUAUGACGAGACAGGUGAUUCUCAAGUAAAACUCACUGGUUAAACUACAGAUGUACACAUUCGAGAAUUCUGCUUUCUGAGCUCAGAGACUCAUCAAUGAUCGCAGAGUUGCUAUGUCUGUGAUCGCUUAGGAGUGAUCUUGAACAGACGCUCAUUCAAAAGUGAGUUUACUCUUUUUGUUGUCCACGAACGACAAUCAUGAUUGGACAGAGUAAAUCUAAUUUUAAGAAAGGUCGAGAAUCACGAACGUGAAAGUGUAUAACUGCUAAAGAAAUUUGUAAUAAACUUUAUCAUGAUAUAUAACUUAAAUUUUAAUAUAACGUUAAGACGCAGCGAGGUUGCCGAACAUAAAUAACAUUCUUCGCAUUUCGUCGAGAAACGAACAAUCUCCAAGCUCGACUUGGUCUCCGUAUACGAGUGCAGUUGCGCAAUAUGUAAAUGUACGUGUAACCUCUUGUUUUGUUCCCCUUUUUUCAAGAAUGCACUCGAGAAACGUUAGGUUUCGAGAGUUUUGAUUAUCGUAUCCGUGCCAUAAGUAAAAUUGUAUAUACAGUAAGUCUCUCUCUCUCUCUCUCUCUCUCUCUCGAUCAAACGUCGAAGUCGUUUUACACACGUGAGACCUCCUCGUAUUUCCUCGAACAGGAAGAUAACAAAGUGACAGCAACAUUUGUGAGUUCUCGCGAUGAAAUUACGCAAAUGCUUGUAGAUACAUGUGUGUAAACGCUCACGGUAACUGUCUUCGGAAAUUUAUAAGCUGCAUUCCGUAUAUCUACGACGGUAUCGUAAAGUGCACGCGCACUAGCUAGCAUAGCGACGUGAAAUGUUUAGAGAUUGCGCAUGCACACGUUUUAUUACCGAACAAAAUACGAGAGAUCGAAGAGCAACGCGUUCACAAGCGAGUCUAACAAAUAAAAUUACAAUAAACAUUCGAUGACCAAUUUUGAAUGGCAAUCGUCAAAUUAUACAUAAUUAUGCGGUAAUGUAUAAUAGAUCUGUGAAUCGUAUAUACGAAUUGAGACAGCGUACAGGGCGUUCAUUUUUCAGGUGCAGAAUUCGAGUUUCAUUCCGUAAUAUUUAUUAGGUUGACAGAGACUACUUAAAUAUGAUAUUACGAUAUGCGCCCUUGAAACAUGUAUCGCAGACGAAUGACCUUUCAGUGGACAUGCAUAUUUUCAAAAAAAAAAUAUAUAUAUAGAAAUUCAAAAAGUGGGCUAUUUCGAGAAGUCACAGUCUCAAAAACUCAAUACCGAGAUAAUUUCCUAACACGCACAUUUAAAUCCCGAGAUACAACUUUCCCGAAAUAUUAAAAGCAUGCAAUUAUCUCGAAAAGUCACAAUCUUGAGAACUGAAUACCAGUACCAGAAUACAAUCUGUCGCGAAAUACUGGAAGAAAAUAAAGUCUCGCAAAGUUAUAACUUUGCGAAACGAUUCCAAUAUAUUUUGUGAGAGAUUGUCCUGGUAUUCAGUUUUCGGAAUUAUGAUUUUUCAAGAUAUUGCCCAACAUUCCUGAAAUUUCGGAAUUUGGAUUUUUCAGGAUUAUGUAUACCCACUGAUCUUUCGACACUCGUAUUGAGUGAUAUUUCAUUGGUUUAUAGUAACGUCAUAAAUAUUAUCGGCUGGGAGCACCCUGUAUGACGUCUUUUAAGUAUAUAUAUAUAUAAUUUUUUAUCGUUAGAGUUGCACAGUCAAUAUGCACAUACCAAGCGCUGUCAUACCGCGCCUAUAAAUAUCAAACAUGUACACGUCACGAAUAAAAUUAGUCAAUUCACUAGGUGAAUCAACGCGAGUCAACGAGUUGUAUCAUGGCGACGAGAGAUUUACCUUUGGAUUAUCUCCGUCGCAAAAUAUAUUCAAACAUGGUUUCCCAUUCGGUAACCUCUUCGCACAAUAUGUAGAAUAAGAUAAAACGUUUUAGAUAAAA